GUAAUCCAGGCUACCUCGGCUACCUCUCCACGUGAGGAACACUUUUUAAAUAAUCGAUAAUUUAAUUAUUUUUAUUUUCAAUCUUUUACCACGUUGAAAAUGAUAAUUCCAAGUGUAUAUCUGAAAGCAGGGACUCUAGUGGAUCCAAAGGAUGGAAAAAAUGUUGAAGAUGUGGCAGGCUGCCUCGAUACAAUUUCUUUGUGCCCAGAGUUUACCAUAGUGUACCUUGAUAAACUCCAGGAAACAAAAGAAUUUGGGAAGAAAGCUAUGCUUAUAACCUCCUGCUGCGUGGAAAUUGAAGUGAACUCUGAGGAUGAGGUGUUAGAUUUACUAGAUACUGGUGCAAACCGUGUCAUCCUUAACAGAGAUCGCCUACUGCAUGACUGGGGAGAAUUUUUACCCAGAGAAAGAAUUGUCUGCAAGUUACCUUAUGAAAAUUGCUUUAUCGCAGAAUUGGCCAAAGAAAUCAAUGACCUAAAACACAGAUCUUGCACCUUUCUUUUGUGUCCACAAAAAGCCUCCCUUGCUGAUGAAACAUGCCUUGUUGAGUCCAUAAAAGAACUUAAGACCCACUUGCGUGACGAUGUGAAACUCAUAAUAUCAAUCAGUGGGGUGAUUUUGUGCUCAACCAUCUCUCAGCUUCACUUCCUCGGGGUUCAGCUUCAACUAAGUACAACUUGGUUACUAAACGAACUCAGUCUUGGAGAGAUUAUUGCAUCCUGUCUGAAAAGUGACCGAUCUGAUGGACUUUACCCAACUCUUGUGACAGAUGAGCAUAACAUUGCAUUAGGAUUGUGUUACUCAAGUUCUGAGAGUAUCCAAGAAGCAGUGAAAACUAAGAAAGGGGUUUAUUUUUCAAGAAAAAGGGGACUAUGGAGGAAAGGAGAAACAUCAGGAAAUCAACAGGAUUUGUUGCGAAUUUAUUUAGACUGCGAUUGUGAUACCCUAAAGUUUGUUGUGCGUCAACUUGGUCAAGGAUUCUGCCACCUUAACACAUGGACUUGCUUUGGAGCUAACAAUGGUUUACCAUCACUUAUGAAUAUAUUAAGAUCUCGCAAAGAGUCAGCACCUCCAGGAUCAUACACAAGUCGCUUGUACAAUGAUAAUAAACUGCUGCAUGCUAAGAUUCGUGAAGAGGCAGAGGAAUUGUGUGAAUCAGAAACAAAAGAAGAGAUUACUUGGGAAGCAGCUGAUGUUUUGUAUUUUACACUAGUAAAAUGUGCCAAGGCAGGAGUUUCUCUGAGUGAUAUUGAAAAGGUUCUUGAUCAAAGGUCACUGAAGGUUAGACGACGUCCUGGUAAUGCCAAACCUGGCAAAAUCUCUUCCUGUAAUGGCCGCCCUGUAACUGUGGAAAGGGAACAUGCUCCUGCCCAGGCUGACUCAGCCAUGGUCAGUGUUCAAAACUCUGUUUUAAGAAGCUUUGAUUUUGAGCUUCUUAGUGAUAAGGAAUUACACGAUCUUUGUAAACGUCCUGCAGUGGUUGAUAACGAGAAACUAGAGGCUGUUGUAAAACCAAUCUUGACCAAUGUGCGAAACAAUGGAGACAAGGCUUUACUGGAAUUAACAGAAAGGUUUGAUAAAGCUAAGUUGAGCAGUCCUGUGAUCAACAUGUCUGCCACAGAUGAACCAGUCCUUGAUAAAGAGGUAAAGGAUGCAAUUGAUUUGGCUUACAACAACAUCUUCAAGUUCCACAAGGCACAACUUGACCUGGAGCCUCUUGUGAUAGAAACUUGCAAGGGUGUGGUUUGCUCUCGGCAUGUUAGACCCAUUGAAAGAGUUGGCCUGUAUGUCCCAGGUGGUAGUGCUGUUUUGCCAUCAACAGCACUUAUGCUGGGUAUUCCAGCCCAGGUGGCAGGAUGCAAAGAGGUUAUUUUGGCCACCCCACCCAAACAGGAUGGUUCAGUUUCUCUUGAAAUCCUUUACAUUGCAAGAAAAGUUGGUGUUUCCAAAAUAUUAUUAGCAGGUGGGGCUCAAGCAGUGGCAGCAAUGGCUUAUGGAACAGAAAGUGUUCCAAAGGUGGACAAACUGUGUGGUCCAGGAAACUCAUUUGUUACUAUGGCUAAAAUGUUGGUGCAGAAUGACAGUUCAGCUUGUGUCAGCAUUGAUAUGCCUGCAGGACCAUCAGAAGUUAUGGUCAUUGCUGACGAAAGUGGAGAUCCAUCAUUUGUGGCAGCUGAUCUGUUAUCCCAGGCAGAGCAUGGAACAGACAGUCAAGUGGUACUGGUGGCUGUUAAUUUGAAUGACAACCAGCUUGAUGCAAUUCAGAGUCAAGUGGAUGCUCAAGCAAAGAAACUUCCUCGUGAAAAAAUUGUCAGAGAAUCUCUAUCAAAGAGCUUUGUAAUAAAAGUGUCAAAUAUUAGUCAGGCUCUGUGCUUCAGUAACAAAUAUGCUCCAGAACAUCUCAUCAUCAACACAAAGAAUGCUGAAGAUUGUUUAAAAGAUGUACAGAAUGCAGGGUCUGUAUUUCUUGGGCCAUAUUCCUCAGAGAGUUGUGGAGACUAUGCAAGUGGUACAAACCACACCCUUCCAACAUAUGGCUAUGCUCGCAUGUACAGUGGUGUAUCAACAGCAUCAUUCCAGAAACAUAUCACAGCCCAGCAGGUAACAAAGGAGGGUUUGGCUAACAUUGGGCAAGCAGUAGCUACACUUGCUGCAGUGGAGAAACUUGAUGCUCACCGUAAUGCAAUUUUGAUCAGGCAGAAACAGAUAAAUGGCUCAUUGUAGAAAAUUCUAGUGUCAUAAGAGAGUGACAGUAUGCAGUGGCGGAUCCAGGGUAGGGUCCGGGGGGUCCGGACCCCCCUACCAGACCUGAUGCUUGCAACUUUGAGACUGAAACACUUACAUACAAGUGAGGAUUGUAUAUCACUUUUAACUGGCUGAUCUUUUUUAAUUAAUUUAAGUAAGUGGUAAGCAGCCAAGGAACUUAUAACAUGCAACUGUGAGUGGUGGGAGGGGGUGUGGGGGAGAAGUAAUUUGCCUCAAAAGAGUCCAACAGUCCUUUCUGAACCAAAGUUUGGACCCCCCCAAUCAAAAAUUCCUGGAUCCGCCUCUGGUAUGAACUGUCAAAAUUAAAACAUUGAAACUAAGAAAGUAUUUGCUAAUGAGUUAAAGGCUUAAAGCUUUACAAACCAUUGAGGAACAUUGGAAGAAAAGAGUGUAAUAGUCUACUGACUUAAUUGUAAAUGUCAGUUGGAGUUGAAAAUUCUAAUCUUAAAAGACAAACAUAUGGUGUGAUGAACAUAAUUGUUAUUUAUGGGAGCAUAUUUAUGUGAAGGAGUUAACAAAUUUUGUGGCCAAAGCUUCUUGUUUCAUCCACGGAAGGAGUUCUAUCUUCCCUACGUGGUAUUGACAUUUGUUUAAGGCAGUUUGUUUGAGGGGAUGAGUGAAAAAGCAGGCCAAGUUAGAGAAACCUGCCACUUACCCCACUCAUUUGUGUGUACAUUAACUUACUAAUAGCUCAGUAGAGGUAACAUUGGUUCAGUUAUUCAAAGAGCUGAACUGAAACAUUAGUCAUCACUUAAUUAAUUGAUAAAACUGUGGUGUUGCUUCAGUAGGGGGUAUUAGAGGAUAAUUUGGUUUUAUCAACUGAGUUGACAAAUAUAACUGGCCACCAUAACAAGUAUCUUUGGCUGACAUCAGCAAUUUAGAUUAUCAACUCAGUUAAUAGUCAUCACCAAUCUGAAUCAUGAUAGACAGCUUCUUGUAAUAGUCUUUCCAUGCUGCAUUGUGUCAAUUUUGUCAUUUUGGUAAAACACAACAUAAGUUAGGGUGUCUGCAAUGAAGGAACUUCAAUUGUUAGUGUCGUGUAGUGCCACAUCCUUCAGCUCUUCAAAAGUAGUGUGGGCCACUCAAGUAAGACUUGCAAGGUGUGCAGAAAUGGGUUAUCACACAUAGGCAUCUUAUAAUGCAGAUUUUAUUUGCAGAUUUUUUUCCAUUAUACAUGACAUCAGGUUAUCACUGGCAGAGGAUUUAAGUAUUUAUGUAACAGUGUUAUUUUUAGCAGUCCUCGUAGAAUGUGUUUCAUCAGUGUAGCAACUAUAAGGUGCUAUUACAGCUACUGUAACAGCAUUAUUGUAUUUUUGUGACACUGAAAAUUGCCUUCUUAAAGCACCGGACAGCUUUCAGCAAGAAGCAAAAAUUAAUACUGAAGAUCUGAAAAUAAAA